CCUGCGCCGGCGCAGGCUCGGUGGUUCCGGGAUCCUGCCCCGCGAGCUGCCGUCGCGAUGUACGACCCCGAGCGCGGCUGGAGCAUGUCCUUCUCGGGCUGCGGCUUCCUGGGGUUCUACCACGUCGGGGUGACCUGCUGCUUGGGAGAGCGCGCCCCGCACCUCCUUCGCGACGCGCGCAUGUUCCUCGGAGCCUCGGGUGGGGCGCUGCACGUCGUCAGCUUCCUCUCGGGCAUGCCGCUAGAGCUGAGGGUCCAGAUCCUUAUCAAAAUUUCCCGGAGCGCCAGGAGCCGGAACAUUGGGAUCUUCCACCCGUCCUUCAAUCUGGACAGGCAAAUCCGAGAAGACCUGCACAGGCACCUCCCAGGCAACGUCCACCAGCUCAUCUCCGGGAAGAUAUGCAUCUCGCUCACCAGAGUGUCCGAUGGGGAGAACGUGAUGGUUUCUGACUUUAGGUCCAAAGACGAAGUCGUGGACGCCUUGAUGUGUUCCUGCUUCAUCCCUUUCCUCAGUGGUCUAAUGCCGCCUUCCUUCAGAGGCGUGCGAUACGUAGAUGGAGGAUUCAGUAACAAUAUACCCUUCUUUGAUGCGAAAACUACCAUCACAGUGUCCCCCUUCUAUGGGGAGUUCGACAUCUGCCCCAAAGCCACAUCCACAAACUUUCUUUACAUGGACUUCGCCAGGCUCAGCCUGCGCCUCUGCUCGGAGAACGUCUACCUGGUCAUCCGAGCACUGUUCCCUCCGGAUCUCAAGGUGCUUGGAGAGAUAUGCCUUCGAGGGUAUUUAGACGCAGUCAGGUUCUUGGAGGAGAAUGGCAUCUGUGACAGGCCCCAUCUAUACCAGAAUUUAUCUUCCGAAGAGCCGGAGGUCCUCGCGCCCCUCUGGGAACACAUGAGCCUGGGGUCUGCCCCGGGGGUGACGAGUCCUGAGGGAGAUGAGCUGCUGGACCACCUGCGUCUCAACAUCCCGCGCUGGGACGAGAGCAUCCUGGAGACCCUGUCGCCCACGCUCACCAUAGCACUGAGUGAAGCACUGAAACCCCAAGGUGGAUACAUGAGCAAGUUUUGCAACUUCCUACCGAUUAGGGUGAUGUCCUAUGUCAUGUUGCCCUACACGCUGCCUCUGGAGUCCGCGAUCGCUGUGGUCCAGAGACUGGUGACCUGGCUUCCAGACAUUCCUGAUGACAUCCAGUGGCUGCAGUGGGUGACCUCCCAGAUUUGUUCUCAAGUGAUGACACAUCUGCUCCCCACUUCCAGAUCCCAGGCGCCGGUAAGCAGCCAGCAGCCCUCUCUGCAGAAACCAGAACACAGUGGGCACUGCUGGGCUCCCCACUCGCCUGCGGACCUGGGUACCGCCCUGUGGACUGUCCACUAGAGACCAAAGCGGAGGCUGCCCGGUGGUCCAUCUUCCAGUGUAGCCUAACCUUCUGGGGCAGCGGUGUCUGCUGGGGCGGGGAGGGCUUCCUCUUUCCCCGUGUUUCCAGGAGAGAAGAGUUUCUGAGUCAUUUGAGGAGGCAAGUCUAGCACGUUCUUUCAGAGGAGCCAGACCAUCCCCAUCUUUGCGCAGCCACCUCUGCGCUGCCUUUAGUGCCCCAGGUCUGCGACCUGCAGGAUCCGGCCUCUGCUGAAUACAUAGUUUACUGAAACCAAAGGCAAUCAAUUUGUAAUCAUGAAAAGCUAGUAAGCUCCGUGGGGUGUCGUGGUGGUCCAGAGCUCGAGGAAACCUGCUAUUUCAGCAUCUGAGUCUGUCAGCUCGGUUGGUUGAGAAACGGCUGCAGGAAGCCCAGCAUGGAGGGCCCAUUGCCGACUCGGUUCGCAGUGUCUCAGCUGUCAUCCUGUUCCUAGGGUGGUGGCCGGUGUUUGGAUGGAGGGGGACCUGGGGCUGGCGCUGGGCUGCCCUUUGUGCAGUCACGGGGUUUGGAAGGAAGAGAGAAGGGCGCCCCCAUCUCCCUGCCCAGGAAUCAUCGGUCAGUGUGGUGGGAGGGGUUGCCCUCCUUCUCCAAGGAGGGUACUGCCGGGGAGGGGGCAUUAACAUAACUUGUUUGAAUUUGGGGACACCUUCUUGACCUAGCCUAAAUAUUUGAUGAAGAGUUUUGUAGGAAAUGUAAGGAAAUCUUAUGAUCUGUUGAAUUACGUAUUACGGGAAUCAGUGAGAUGUUAACAGAAGAAGCCUUAAAAGAAUGUCUGGUGCACAAGGCAUUCACCCUGGCCUCCAGGCCGGGCCAACACAACAGAAGAGCUUCUGUCUGUGCUGCUUUUGUCUCACCCCCGCCUUCCCCUUGUCCUCUGUCCUCGAGCAGCCUUAACAGAGGCAAGCGUGGCAUAGGGCCCUACCCUCUCCCCAGGUGGGGGGACGUGUUGGCAGGCACCGUGGAGUAUGACUCAAGGUGAAAUGUGUGUGUCUGUUUUUCUCACUUAAGCAUUCAAAUUUAAGAAGUAUAACAAAAAGAACAAUGAUAAGCUCAAAAUCCUAAAUGUUGGCACAGAAAGCUGCUCCUCCCACCUACAUUGUGUGAGUAACCCAGAGUGGAACCAGUAAGCUCAGACCAAGUGCUUGAUGCAAAGUAAAGAAUGCGGCUCUAGGAGCAAACUCCAUAUAAACCGCGUGCUCUUGUGCCAUGCUGCCAUCUUGAAUUCCCAGAGGGCAGGGACUGCUUGUGAAAAUACAGGGUCGUCACCUAGUGCCUAGAAGCCCUGCUUCAGGGCUCCUUGCAUCUCCAGGGGCCUCCUGUUCUGGCAGCACAUGCCUCCUACGUGAGGUAAGGGCUGGUGGGUGGUGGGCUCCUCUGGCCACCUGAACCUCAGACCUGUCCCCUUGCUGAGCUGGCCUGGGGGUGGGAGAGGCCACGCCUGGCACCCACCUGGACUCCUUGGGACACACCCUCACACCCUCCCCUGAACCCCCGACCCUCAAGUCUGCCAGUUGGCUGUCUUCUGUCGGAACCACAGCAUGGGUCACUAGCACAUAGAACCACACUUGAGCUGUAUUUCACAGUAACCAGAAUAUUUCUGUAUAGACAUAUACCCUAGUUCUGUGAUCGCUGUUAGGAAAGAAAUAUGUUCAAUGGCUGAUAGGAUUACAUGGGACUUAUUUUCCUACUACUUUCUGAAAUUGUUCAGCCUUCUUACCAUGAGCAUGUAUUUUAUAAUUUUUAAAAACGUCUACUAAGCAGGUAUGAUACUCUUAGAAAUGGCCAAGGCUUCCUCCCCAUCUGUGCCUGCAAUGCCACCCCAUCCCCACUCUCCCUGCACCCACACCUCCCCAGCUCUGCUGGGCUUUCUUAUCAGCAGAGAAGAACAUUCUUAAGUUCCUCCUACCUUAUCAAAUACUGCCCCCCCCCCCCCCAUUUAUGGUAGAUUUCUGCUUUGGACCACUCCACUAUCAGGAAUAAUCCGUGUGUGGCCUAUUUAAUGCCAGGGAGCAACAGUCUUUAUUUGGUAAAUAGCAAAACUUGGUGCAGAGCACGAGCCCGGUUAAAAAAAUAAAUGCGUGGGUAUCUGUGUAUAUGCAGAAGAAGACAGAGGAUGUGAACCAAAGCGCUGCCAGCGGUUAUCCUUAUGCCAUUAUCCAUAAUUAUAUUUUAUUUGUUGUGCUCAUGUAUGUUUUCCAAAUCUCUAUGGUCAACAUGGAUUACUUUCAUCAGAAAAUAACUCAUAAUAAAUGUGAUUUUUAAAACGCU